AUGGCGACUCGUUACAAGUACACAGGCGCGACCGAAAUGCAGGAUCGCACGCGAAAAGAGCGUCGGUUCGACGAGACCGAGCACGACCUACCUAGUUUUUCCCCGUUCUCUUCGUCAUUGGUCUCGAUCGAUAAAGCCUAUGAUCUUUUAUCGUAUCUCGGCAAGAACAAUCCCUUUCCGCGCUCGAUUACGGAAGGAGACACUCUCUGGCUACUCGACAACACCGCGUAUCGCAAUGAGCAAACGGGAAGGUGGGAAGCCGAAUUCGUCUCGGCCGCUUUCUCUCAGCACUCUUCUUGCGCCGUCGUUGACGCCGUAAAAGCCGUAGCUGGAAAGAUUGACCUGGAUGAGAACGACCCAAGCUAUCCCACCCUCGAAGGGCGCAUUUGGCCGUUCUUACAGGAUAUCAGACCAGGCACUCAAGUCAAGGCGCUUCAUAGGGGAAGCACCCCGCUAAAACUUGGCCCUGGCGGUAGGAAUGGAAUUAGUAGUGAUGUCAAGGGACUCCCUCCCAGCAAGGGAGGCGAGCUUGCCCCUACAUAUGCCGAGGUCCCUGAGGGCACCAAUGGCGUUCUGGAGAUGAAGACGUUUUACGCUGAGCCGGAAGGUUGGGGCGUUAUAUCCGAUAUCGAUGAUACGAUCAAGGUUACUCAGACGAGCGACCCUAUUGGCAUACUACGAACGACCUUCCUCGAGAAGCCCGAGCCCAUUGCCGGAAUGCCCGAGUUGUACCAGUUCAUCCAAUCCCUCGUCAAGGAGAAAUCACCAUGGUUCUACCUGUCAGCAUCGCCGUACAACCUAUAUCCUUUCCUACGCGACUUCCGCCAGCAGAAUUAUCCUCAUGGUACCAUUAUCCUGCGUGACGCGAGCUGGAUGAGCUUGCCGGGUUUAUUGACGACGCUCACGCUCGGCACCGAAGACUACAAGGUUGGUCGCAUGGAAAAGAUCCAUUCAUGGCUUCCCAGGAGGAAGAUGAUCUGUAUUGGCGACUCGACCCAGUCCGACCCCGAGGCUUAUGGGGAGAUGUAUCGAGCAUACCCUGGCUGGGUAAAGGUAAUCCUCAUCCGUAAGGUAGAAGACAUCGCAGCACUGGGAAUCUCGGCCAAAAACGAGCCGGAGCGAUUCGAGAAAGCUUUCGAGGGUGUCCCUCGCGAGAUAUGGCACGUUUUCACGGAACCGACUGAGUGCAACAAGUUCAUUCAGGAUGCGGUGUCCAGCCCUGUUGGACGUCAUCAUUCCACUAUGUCUGCUCCUAAGCGCCAAAAGUCAUCCAAGGAUGUGCCGUACGAACUUAUUUACUGGCCCAGUAUUCCGGGUCGUGGAGAGCACAUCCGUCUGGCCUUGGAGGAAGCUGGAGCGACGUACACAGAUACGGCACAGAUGGAAAACGGUAUAGACCAAGUCAACGCGCAGAUUGACAGCGAAAAUGUUGGCGACGACUUCAACCCGCCACCUUUCGCCCCGCCAAUUCUUCGCCACGGAGACCUCCUCAUCUCUCAAACUCCUAACAUUUUAUUGUACUUGGGGCCACGAUUAGGAUUGGUGCCAAGUGAUGAUGACGAGGAACACCCGGAUGCAUUGUACAAGGUCAACGGGCUAGUCCUGACGGCGCUCGACGGCCUGAGCAAUGAGGUACACGACUGCCAUCAUCCCAUAGCCUCCGGCCUGUACUACGAUGACCAGAAAGAUGAGGCCAAGCGGAAAGCCAAGGACUUCGUAGAUAACCGGCUACCUAAAUUUCUAGGAUACUUCGAGCGCGUAUUGCAGGGCAAGGCCAGCGGAGAAGGCCCGUGGCUCUACGGCGGCCAAUUGACUUAUGCGGAUUUAGGUAUCUGCCUCGACGGUACUAAAUUCGCCUUCAGAAAGGCUAUAUCCGCCGCCGAGAAGUCGGGCAAAUAUGCGCACGUCUUCAAGUUAUAUAGUGCAGUUCAGGAGCGACCUAGGAUCAAGGAAUACUUGGCCAGCCAGAGAAGGCAGGACUACUCAAUGGGAAUCUAUCGGUACUAUGAAGAGUUGGACUUCGGCCCCGAAGGCCGUGACUAG